AAUUCUUUGAUUCUGCUCUUGGCAGCAGGUAUGUUUAUGAGAAAUGUUUUUACAUCUUCUGAAGCAAAGAUUUUUAGAUGUUAAAGAGAGAUAAUCCAUAAACUGUGGCCAUGAUAUAAUUAGUUGAUGAUUUUAACAUAAACCCGGGUGAAUUAAAAUCCUAAAUUUUAGAUCACACUGUUCUUGUUGUUUAAAUAAUUUUCUGUUUUCCUGUUGAGAAAUAAGAAAGUAGUUACCGUUUCUUCUGGAGGGUAAUACAUGUGUCAGCAAUGAGAAGGAAGCUCUAAUGUUGGCUUUGGAUUUCUCUUGAAACUGAAGAGUGUAUUAGACAUUUGUGAUUUUAUGAUGAGCCUCAUUGCUCAGGCAAGUAUUGUAGUGGUAAGUAGUUGGGAAAAAAAGUGCUUUUCAUUUCAGGUUUUGAGAUCACCAUUGAACACCCACACACAGAUGUAGUGAAAUGCACCCAGUUAGUAAGAGAUCUAUGGGGGAUAGCAAGAAACAUUUGAGUGAAUGUUGUUGAAGAUUUUCAGUAGUAUAGAAAAUGAUGGCGCUCUUGUGAUAUUUGUAAGUACAAGCAAGGAUUUGGCACAGACAUCCUAUUUCAUGGCUACCAACAGUUUGCAUCUUACGACCUUCUGUCUUCAGUACAAACCCACAGUGAUAGCAUGUGUGUGCAUUCAUUUGGCUUGCAAAUGGUCCAAUUGGGAGAUCCCUGUGUCAACAGAUGGAAAGCACUGGUGGGAGUAUGUGGACCCUACAGUUACCCUGGAGCUGCUAGAUGAGCUAACACAUGAAUUUCUACAAAUAUUGGAGAAAACGCCUAGUAGGUUGAAGAGGAUUCGAAACUGGAGGGCUAUGGCUAAGAAACCAAAAGUAGAUGGUCAAGUAUCAGAGACACCACUGCUUGGUUCAUCUUUGGUCCAGAAUUCCAUUUUAGUAGAUAGUGUCACUGGUGCACCUUCCAAUCCAAGUUUUCAGAAACCAUCAACAUCAGCGUUCCCCGCUCCAGUACCUCUAAAUUCAGCAAAUACUUCUGUUCAAGACAACCGUGCAUCUGAUAAUUUAUCAGUGCUAGCAGCAGGAAUGCCCAGCACCUCGUACAGUUUGUCAUCACACCAAGAAUGGCCUCAGCAUCCAGAUUCAGCCAGGACAGACCCAGUGUACACACAGAAACAGGAGGCCACUAUCUCUGGGAGCCAAUACAUCAGUUUCCAGCAGGGACCUUCAAUGACACUGCAUUCAGGAUUACAUCACAGGCCGGACAAAAUUGCUGAUCAUUCAUCAGCUAAGCAAGAAUAUCCUCACAAAGCUGGAAGCAGUAAACACCAUGGGCCCAUACCUGCUACUCCUGGAGUGGUUCCUCAGAAAAUGUCUUUAGACAAGUACAGAGAAAAGCGGAAGCUGGAAACCCUUGACCUGGACACAAGGGAUCAUUAUAUAACUGCCCAUGCAGAACAGCAGCACAAACACGGGCCAGCUCAGGCAGUUGCAGGCGGUUCUGUCACUUCUCCCAUUAAAAUGAAACUUCCCCUCGCCAACUCUGACAAACCAGAAAAACACUUGGCAGAGAAAAAGGAGAGGAGUGGAUCGCUGAAGCUACGGAUUCCCAUCCCACCCCCGGAUAAAGGCCCCAGUAAAGAGGAGCUGAAGAUGAAGAUCAAAGUGUCAUCCUCUGAAAGACACAGCUCUUCUGACGAAGGCAGUGGGAAGAGCAAGCACCCGAGCCCACAUAUCGGCAGAGACCACAAGGAGAAGCACAGGGACCACCCUGCCAACCGCCACCACAGCAGCCACAAGCAUUUGCACAUGCACAGCUCAGUCAGCAAGCAUGCUGCUGACGGAAUGCCACCCACUGGGCUGAGGAGUCCUGUGGGCCUGGCCCCAGAAGGCAGCUCCUCCGCCUCCAGUGCAAGGAAGAAGCUGCAUAUCAACGACGCCUCCCACAACCACCACUCCAAAAUGAGCAAAAGUUCCAAAAGUGCAGGUAGUUCAUCUAGUUCUUCCUCUGUUAAGCAGUAUCUAUCCUCUCACAGCUCUGUUUUUAACCAUCCCUUACCCCCUCCUCCCCCUGUCACAUACCAGGUGGGCUACGGACAUCUCAGCACCCUCGUGAAACUGGACAAGAAACCAGUGGAGCCCCACGGUCCUGAGGCCAAUCACGAGUACAGUACAAGCAGCCAGCAUAUGGACUACAAAGACACAUUCGACAUGCUGGACUCGCUGCUAAGUGCCCAAGGAAUGAAUAUGUAAUCAUUUGUCUAGGUCAACUUUUCCUUUCCUUUUUAAUUUAAAAAUGGUUGCAAUGGAAAACUCCCUCCUGGUCCAGCAGUGGUGCCACUGCUUCCGUAUUUGUAAGUGCUGCUUUGUUCUUCAUUCUGAAAGAAGAGAUGAUAGUAAACAAGUCUAUCUCCACAUACGAUAGUGUUACCAGGACUGUAAACGCAUGGAAGAUGCAGCUGAGAACAUUAGGAUGAAUGGCUGGCUGCUGCUAGGAACCUAAGCUGCCUCAAGCUUUUGUUAUUUAUGAUUUGAAUACUAUAGCUGGGUUUUUGUUGUUGUUGCUUGGCUUUGAAUGAAUGUCAAAUGUUUUCUUUUGUGUAUUUAUACUUGUAUGUAUGGUUUGCAUGUCUCAGUGAUAAAGGGAUAAAACAGUAUACUGACAACUGUUUACAAGAAAGUGGAGAAAAAUGUACAUACAUUUUUGUAUGUUUAGCUAUUACCAUAAAUACUCAGGAUUGGAGCUGCUUGUAAGUAUAACAAUAUACAGAAUAACUUUAUUUUCUCUUGUCAGAGUCCAUCACUAAUUAAAACACAAGUGGCACUUUUUAUGUUAACCUUAAACUCUAGGCCUUACUGGAAGCCGCUGAGGGGACACUUCACUACUAGACGGGGAUGCGGUGCCACAGGUGGUUCUUAACACUGGGAAACACUCAGUUUGCCUUCAGAGGUUCCGACCAGAUUGGCUGUAGAAUCAGCCCCUGAUUUCUGAAGGCUGGAAGAGGAAAAAAUAAUAAAGUUUACAUACUCUUGAUGUGAAGUGCAUUUAAAUGUAUGUUGGCUUGUUGCAGUGCUAUAGAAGAGCAGUUAAUAAUGGAGAUGAGGAUGACUGUGACUUAACUCACAGGAGCUCCCAGUGAAGAAUGGUCCAUUUCUUCAAGAACUUUGACACUAUGGAGUCUAACAGUGAACAGGGAUCACUUUUCCUUUAGCAUUUGCAGUGACACCAUAAUCUUGAAUCUACUCUUCCCGUGGGGAUAGAAGGGUGUGUGGGUGUGUGU